UACGCUCCUCAAUGAAACUCCAACCAAUAAAUCAGGUGCUGAAACUACAGUCCAAAGCGAACCUUUAACUAAUGAGUCAAGUGCUGAAACUGCGGUCCAAGAUGAACCUCUAAGUGAAGAAUCAUGUACCGAAAGUACAAUACGAACCAUUGCCACGAGAUUAAGAGGCGGUAGAAGAAAAAAGAAAGCCACUAUGAAACCGUAUUUUAGAUCAAAAGAACGUCUAAAGGUUACUGAUCUUGCGAAAACCGCAUUAAGCAACCAAAAUAACGACACCCCUAAUUCAUCCACAUCUUAG